ACCGCCGGUCGUCGGUCGAUCUCCCUCCUCGGAUUCCGUUCGCCGGUGCUAGGCUUCAAUUCCCAAACUCCAUGACGCCGUGAAAAUCCGUAAAGGCUUGAUCGUUCCUCAGCCAUGUGACGUCGCCGGCGUUGGCAUCACUCGUUUCGGCGAAAUGGUGAUUUGAGUAACUCUGUAUAUCUUGGUUGAGGCUGUUGCGCAUUUUGGGGUUGUGUUUCUUCUCUUUGCUUUAGGGCUGGAUUUUUCGUCCUUGGCGAAGUUAAAAGUUGCAGGGCCUGUUGCAGUUCGUGGAGGGCUGCUUCAAAUAGUAUUUUAGUCAUGUUCCUUUGUGGCAUAAGGAGCUAAAUUAUUGGCCUCUUUAAUUCAAAACAUUAUUUGCCUCUUAAUUCAAAACAUUAUUUGCACCAGCAGUGUUUUUAGUGGAGCUGAAUAGUAAUAAUGCACUUCAUGUUCAAGUGACUAUUGGGACCCUUAUUUUUCAGAAUUGUAUCUCUUGCUUUUUUGCUCAAGGGAGAAACUUGGGUUGUCUAGAACUUUCUUGUUCACACCUUGCAACUCCAGUGCUGCAAAACAAUGUUAAAUUCGAAGCUGAAACUCAGAGAAAGGAAACCAGAACAAAAGACCUCUUCCAUUUUCUCUCUUAAAUUUCUCUUCAUCUUCCUCUUCGUUACACUUACACAGGAAAAUUAUGAGUUCUGAAGGUGCAAGUGAAGAAUGCCUUGGAUGGGCAGCAACAGAUACAUCUGGAGUUCUGUCACCUUACAAAUUCAGUCGCAGGGCUGUUGGAGACGAUGAUGUUUAUGUUAAAAUCAGCCACUGCGGUGUUUGUUAUGCUGAUGUAGCUUGGACAAGGAAUACACUUGGCAACUCAGUAUAUCCCUGUGUGCCUGGACACGAGAUUGCUGGGAUUGUGACAAAGGUGGGUUCUAAUGUUCACGGUUUCAGUGUUGGUGACCAUGUUGGAGUGGGGACUUAUGUCAACUCAUGCAGAGAUUGUGAGUUUUGUGAUGAUGGACUGGAACAUCAUUGUGUCAAGGGAUCAGUUUUCACUUUUAAUGGUGUUGAUCAUGAUGGUACAAUUACAAAAGGAGGAUACUCCAAGUUCAUUGUAGUCCAUGAAAGGUACUGCUUCUUGAUACCCAAAAGCUAUCCUCUGGCUUCAGCAGCUCCUUUGCUUUGUGCUGGAAUUACUGUUUAUUCUCCCAUGAUGCGCCAUAAGAUGAAUCAACCUGGUAAAUCUCUAGGAGUGAUUGGUCUUGGUGGCCUCGGUCACAUGGCAGUCAAGUUUGGAAAAGCAUUUGGUUUAAAUGUAACAGUUUUCAGCACUAGUAUAUCCAAGAAAGAAGAGGCACUGAGUUUGCUUGGUGCAGACCGGUUUGUGGUUUCAUCUGAUCAAGAGGAGAUGAGGGCAUUGGCUAAAUCGUUGGACUUUAUAGUUGACACAGCAUCUGGUCCUCACUCUUUUGAUCCUUACAUGGCACUGUUGAAGUCAUUUGGUGUUCUGGCCCUAGUUGGGUUCCCAGGUGAAAUCAAAAUCCACCCGGGGCUCCUUAUCAUGGGAAGUAGAACUGUUUCUGGAAGUGGUGUAGGUGGUACAAAAGAAAUACGAGACAUGAUUGAAUUCUGUGUAGCAAACGAGAUUCAUCCAAAUAUUGAAGUGGUUCCAAUCCAAUAUGCCAAUGAAGCUCUUGAUAGAGUCAUAAAGAAGGACGUGAAAUAUCGGUUUGUCAUAGAUAUUGAGAACUCCCUAAAUUAAUAGGAUGAUUGGAAUUGCUUCUCAAGCUAGACAUUAUUGGAAUUCACCUAGCUCGCUACAUACUUCAGGAAAGAGGUGAUUUAAAGCGUGUUACACAAAUAAGCUCUUGAGAUGGUCAUUUAUAGGGGUGUGAAAUAUGGUUUGUAAUUUCAUCACCCUAUACUUCUUAUAGGGGUGUUUCAGAGACUGCAUCCUCUUCUUCUUUUUCGGCUGUUGUUUAGUUGUUUGUUUUUUCAGGACUAGCCCCUUCCUUUUGAAAAAAUAAAAAUGGUUUGUAAGUAGGAUAUCUAAAUAUCCAUAAGAUAAUACUAAAGGAAUUGGAAGUUUCUUCCAAGUCUUUUUUUCCGUA